GCGGAUGUCCAAGGAAACAAAGAAGACGACGAUUCCAUUGCGAUUCGUCGUUUCAUAACGGGAGCGAUGGACGAUGCCCGCAAUCCCAAAGUCCGAACCGCUAGUGGCCUUCGACGAUUGAGCACAGCAGUUCCCCCGUCACAGCUCUCGCAACGUCUCAAGGACUUGGAAUAUGACUUGAGUGCGGACCGGUAUGGAACAGUCACCGACACUGAAGCUGCCCUAUCGACCGAGACAUUGGACAGGGAUUCACCAAGAUCUGUACCAACAGGCGGCACGCAAUCGCAGUCUACAAAAGAUGGGACAUCCUGCACUUUUCCCACGGACGACACAACGCUAACGACAACGAGAGGAACCGUGUCCGGAACAACUGUAACCGAGGACGAUAAGUACAAGCGUUCUGGAAUGGGCGUCCAUGUUCGUGUACCUUCUGCGGGUGCAACAACGCGACCAUCUGUUCUACCAUCUCACCUCCCUCGAAUGAGCAGUUUGACAGCACGGAAUUUUCAACCGAACAUGAUGGCGUCAGUUCCACAGGCAUCACCAGCACCAUGCUAUCAUCCUAUCCCGUGGAUGACUGUUCCCACCGCACAUGGUGACAUGAAACAAGGGUCAUGCAACAGAACCCGUCAGCGGAGCACGACGGCGACAAGUGGAAAUUCCGAGGACUCUUCAUCGCCUACGUCCGAUACAUCCAUUAGUACGACAUUUACCUUUACUAGCGGUGGGUCGACGUCGAAAUCAACGAAACCGUCCAUGUCAUCUGAGAAACAAACUUCUCCUAAAGAGUCACAGGCUCCAGUGCCCCAAGAAGCCUCAAGUCCCUCCAAUCAGCAGACCCCCUCCAGCUGCCCGAAACGUCCUGGAAAUGCGUCAAUUCCUUCAAAUCCACCAAAUCCUUCUAAUCAAAGAGGUCCAUCUGCAACACAGCGUCUCACUGAAUCUCCUAAGCAAAGUACGGACGCCAAGCAAGGCGACAGAAGGUGCCAGGCAAAGCCAACACCUGCAACAAUGAAGAGGGCUAAGUGUCGAAGUGCCGUUACUGUGUCUAGUCACAGCUCUCGAAGAACCCCGCUGCGAUUCUUUUCUGAGAAAUGGAAGAAAGACACACCAUCGACAGAGAAGGAACAUCAACCGGCACGCUCAUCUUCGACUCGACAACCUCCCCUUUAUUGCAUUCCUGAGUCUAUUCUUGAACAACUGCGAGCACAGAUCGACCAGUUGAGCACAAUACCACAGUUACUUGCAACUCCCUAUGCAGACCCUUCACCACGGAACGCGGGCGCACACAAGCAGUCUAAGCAAGCUCGGCCUGAUCUUACGCCCGCUGGUCGAGAGCUGUUUGCAGGGUAUCAGGCAUAUCGUCAUACAAAACUGACUUCAUCGCCUCAAGCUCGACCUGGCAGUACAGGCGUGAAGCGCAUGCAAAUUGUGCAACACGACAUGGGAUGCCGAAGUACGCCGUCCCCUCAGACAACCGAAGACAGCUAUUUGGGAAACAGCACCUCUUCAACAAUAAGGCCACUUUUGAUGAAUGAUAAACAGCCGCUUCAUCCUUCCGAUUCCUCUAACUUUCUCGUUUUCACCUGUGUGGUUCUCAACGUGAUACUUUUGGGCACCUUCAUAGGUAUCAUCGCAGGGUACUUCAUAAACAUAGAACCUUCAGUGAACGUGAAUGCCGAGUAUUAUCCUUGAAUCCCUUCUGCGCGUUUCGGUGGUGCAAGCUGUUGCAGACUUGGUUAACAUUCAUGAGUAUAGCCACGUAAGGGGACAAGUUCCGAUGGCCUCGCGUUUAGCGAAGCGACGGAUGCUACACUAACUGGCGUCUAUUUACCCUAACUGUCGAAUAAAUAUAUUCGAAACGUUGCA